GCGGCGGCGGCGGCGGCGGCGGCUGCCGGGGCCGUCGCGGGCUGGGUCUGUUGGGCUGGCGGCUAAGGCUAGUGACCAUGGACCGGAGCUCUGAGUUGACUGCUGUGAGGCGACAUCGCGUCGGAGUCGAGCGUCGGGAAGGACUGGCGGCCUCUCCGCAACCGGAGAGGGAGGCCUUGGCGCAGGAGUCCCUGGUGGACGCGGCCGGAGGCCCGAGGACGCGGAAGAACAGCUCCGGGGGUAGCGGCGGCGCCAGCCGAGGCGCGGGGACCGGGCUGUCCGAGGCGCGCGCGGCGGUGGGGAUCGCGCUCUACCUGCUAGCUCUUCGGGCUCUUGUACAGCUCUCGCUGCAGCAGCUCGUGCUGCGGGGGACCUCUGGCCACCCCGGCGAGUUCGACGCGCGCCAAGCCAGGGAUUAUCUUGAACAUAUAACAUCCAUUGGCCCCAGGACUACAGGAAGUCCAGAAAAUGAAAUUCUAACAGUGCACUACCUUUUGGAACAGAUUAAACUGAUUGAAGUUCAAAGCAAUAGACUUCACAAGAUUUCAGUAGAUGUACAGCGACCCACAGGCUCCUUUAGCAUUGACUUCUUAGGAGGUUUUACAAGCUACUAUGACAACAUAACCAACGUUGUGGUAAAGCUGGAACCCAAAGAUGGAGCCCAGCAUGCUGUCCUGGCUAACUGUCAUUUUGACUCAGUGGCAAAUUCACCAGGUGCCAGUGAUGAUGCAGUUAGCUGUUCAGUGAUGCUGGAAGUCCUUCGUGUCUUGUCAGCAUCUUCAGAAUCCUUACAGCAUGCUGUGGUAUUUCUCUUCAAUGGUGCUGAAGAAAAUGUCUUGCAGGCCAGUCAUGGUUUUAUUACUCAGCACCCCUGGGCCAGCCUGAUUCGUGCAUUUAUUAACCUGGAGGCAGCUGGUGUAGGAGGGAAAGAACUUGUGUUCCAAACAGGUCCUGAAAAUCCUUGGUUGGUUCAAGCUUAUGUUACAGCAGCUAAACACCCUUUUGCGUCUGUGGUGGGUCAGGAGGUUUUUCAGAGUGGAAUCAUUCCUUCAGAUACUGACUUCCGUAUCUUCAGGGAUUUUGGGAACAUUCCAGGAAUAGACUUAGCUUUUAUUGAGAAUGGAUAUAUUUAUCACACCAAGUAUGACACAGCAGACAGAAUCUUAACAGAUUCCAUUCAGAGAGCAGGUGACAACAUUUUAGCAGUUCUUAAAUAUCUAGCUACAUCAGAUAUGCUGGGUGCUUCUGAGUAUCAACAUGGAAACAUGGUCUUCUUUGAUGUACUUGGCCUGUUUGUCAUUGCCUACCCAUCUCGUGUUGGCUCAAUAAUAAACUACAUGGUGGUGAUGGCUGUUGUUUUCUACCUUGGCAAAAAAUUGUGGCAACCCAAACAUAAGACUGUUAACUACACGAAAGACUUCUUGUGUGGACUUGGCAUCACUCUCAUUAGCUGGUUCACUAGCCUUGUUACGGUGCUCAUUAUAGCAGUGUUCAUCUUUAUUGGACAGUCUCUCUCAUGGUAUAACCACUUCUAUGUCUCCGUUUGUCUGUAUGGAACUGCAGCUGUAGCCAAAAUAAUAUUCAUACAUACCCUUGCAAAAAGAUUUUAUUAUGUGACUGCCAAUGACCAGUAUCUGGGAGAAGUGUUCUUUGACAUCUCAUUGUUUGUGCAUUGUGGUUUUCUCAUAACUACUUAUCAAGGACUUUGCUCUGCAUUCAUCAGUGCAGUCUGGGUAGCGUUUCCAUUGCUCACAACUUGCCUGCAAAAGGACUUUAAACAGCAUGGUGCCCAAGGAAAAUUUCUUGCCCUUUACCUUUUAGGGAUGUUUAUUCCUUAUCUUUAUGCACUGUAUCUCAUCUGGGCAGUAUUUGAGAUGUUUACUCCUAUCCUUGGGAGAAGCGGUUCGGUACCACCUGAUAUUGUGCUGGCAUCCAUUUUGGCUGGUUGUACCAUGAUUCUCUCUUCCUAUUUUAUUAACUUCAUUUACCUUGCCAGAAGCACAAAAAAAACCAUGCUAACUCUAACUUUGGUGUGUAUAGUUACCUUCCUCCUUGUUUGUAGUGGAACUUUUUUCCCGUACAGCUCCAAUCCUGCUAAUCCAAAGCCCAAAAGAGUUUUUCUUCAGCAUAUGACUAGAACAUUUCAUGACUUGGAAGGAAACAUAGUUAAAAGAGACUCUGGAAUAUGGAUUAAUGGGUUUGAUUAUACUGGAAUGUCUCACAUAACCCCUCAUGUUCCUGAAAUCAAUGACACCAUUCGGGCUCACUGUGAGGAGAAUGCCCCCCUUUGUGGGUUCCCGUGGUAUCUUCCAGUGCACUUUUGAUCAGGUUAGUUCAUUACUUUCCUGCUUAAGAAAAACUGGUAUCUGCCUGCCCCUGAAGUUUCUCCAAGAAAUCCUGCUCAUUUCAGACUUAUAUCCAAAGAACAGACACCUUGGGAUUCUAUAAAGUUGACAUUUGAAGCAACAGGACCAAGCCAUAUGUCAUUCUAUGUUCGAACCCUCAAAGGGUCAAAACUUCUUCAGUGGUCUCUUGAUGGCACCCCAGUCACAAGCAAAGGAGGUGACUAUUUUGUAUUUUACUCCCAUGGACUCCAGGCCUCUGCAUGGCAGUUCUGGAUAGAAGUGCAGGUCUUAGAAGAACAGCCUGAAGGAAUGGUUACUGUAGCCCUUGCUGCCCACUAUCUAUCUGGGGAAGACAAGAGAUCCCCUCAGUUAGACACUCUGAAGGAGAAGUUCCCAGAUUGGACAUUUCCCUCUGCCUGGGUGUGCACCUACAGUCUCUUUGUGUUUUAAUCUUGUGGAUGAGCUCUAAGUACAUGCCCAGGGGAUACUCCAUGUGACAGUUACAUGGAUAUUUGUAACGUAAGUCAAUGAAUUUUAAUGAGCAUAUGUUCAAAAAGCUUUUUGGGUUAACACUGUUUAGGGUCAAGCACUCUGUGGGUUAAACUGGAUGUGAGGUGUAUCUAUUUGAUGCUCAAAAAUGCCAUUUUCUGGUACUCACAAGUGGGUAUAGCCACUACACACAUAUAGUCAUUUUAUAUGACCUUAAGGACAAGAGCCAACACACCAGUUCAGUAGCUGUCCCUCUAGGAUCAACAAAAUUUAGACUGUCAGACUCACUGUUAAUAAGACAAAAGUUAAUUUCUAGUUAAAGCCCAAGAUCAUUUGUUUUAUGAGUGGAGGUAGGUAAAAUACCAUUUAGUUUCGCAAUGACUCCCACAGGACUGUAGAAGAAGGGUGGGACUCUGGAAGCCUAAGUAGUGUAUUUCUUCAGGCAGCCUCUAGAGUGUGCUUUGUGAAAGUGUGAGCCCUAGGCUGAGCUGGCCAAACAGACUGUUGCCUUGCUACUUUCCUGAGGUGGUUUCCCAUUGUCUUCUGGAAUGUGUUCCCUGCCUCCAUCUUUACAAUUUGAGAAGGGGAGCAUCUGCUAUAGGUUUUUAUGGGUUCUUUUGGUUCAGAAAAAUUGUGGAAGUAUACAGCCCGAAAUAUCCUUCCUCAGAACACUGAAUUGCCCAUGUAGCCUGGGGUGCAAGCUGUGGGGAGAAUGGGGAAUUGUGGGUAUUUUACAAAUAUUCUGUUUUGUAGGAGUCUUCUGUUAUACAAAGUUAAUCCUUUAGGAUGAUUUUAUUGAUACACUGGUCCUUUUUGUUUUCUAGUCAGUUGCAUAAUUUCCUGGUAACUACUGUCCAGUGAGACUGGCUUUCCUGAGACUUGAAGUUGUGGCUCACAGGGAAAUGAGACCACUGUACUUAGAGCUGUUAGUGUUCAAAUCCUGUAUCAUGGCAGCACUAGGUCUUAAAUGUGCUUUUCAUUUUGAAGACAGGGGGUGGUCUACCUUGUGAGGUAUAUAACACAGCAGCAGUAGGGUUUGGUGAGAUCACUGGUAAAUUAAAAGCUUUUUUCCAUUAAGACAUGUUGGACAAAUUCUGUAUUAGCAAGCACAGGCCAAUACCAGUUGAAAGAAAGCCAUAGUAAACAAAAAAGAAACACUUCUCAGGUGAUGCAGGAACAAGAGGAAUGCUUCUUGAAAAGUGGCCCUGAGAUUGAGUAGCAAGUACAUACUAAGUGUGCAUCACAGGAGAUGACUUUCUUUGAAAAUGCUUGUGUGAGUGUACGAUAUGCUCUCUAAAUCAUGCUCCUCAUAUGUCUAAUUUAUGACUUCCUAAAAAACUGUGCCCAUGCAGACAGCAGGGCUUUGGCCAGAACUUUCAUGUGCAUUAACACUGGAGUCAUUGCCUUUCCUGGACUUAGUAAAAAUCAUUUUAUCAAUAUCAGUGCUAGAAGUGUCUGGCUGCUGCAUAUGCCAUGUAGUACAUAAGGUGUGCAGGGCUUAUAGCUUGUAUAGAAUCAUAGUGUGGAGAAAAAAUAAUACAGUAAUAAUAUCUCCAUGAAUUUCAAAAUAAAGUAGUCUGUCCCUGUGGUUAAUCUGAAAUAGAUUAAUAUUAGAGUAUUAGAAAUUAUUUAUAGAAAAAAGUAAAACACCAUGUUGAGGACACUAUGAGUUGUUCUCUGUGAUUUUUCCCCCCCUUUGGGGAAGGCUACUGUUUCUCCUUUAGUAAUAAUCAUGGUUUUUCUCUUUGCUUGGGGUUGUUUCUCUAUGCAAACAAUUGUUUCAUUUAGCAUUAUGAACUCUGAUAUUGUGCACAGCCAGGAACAAGAUGCUCACUUAAUCUUACUGCCUGCUUAAUAUUCUGGGAGGUUGUUUUAAUGCCAGAAAUGGUUAAGUAAUUACAGUGUUCAUGGUCCUGUUAGUAAACAUAGUGUAUCAUGUAGCAACCUCUGGACUAAUAAACUUGUUAGAUCUACUCCUGCCUUUAUCUGAUCAGUUGAAUAACUUAUUUCUAAAAGGGUCUUUUAAAAACUCUAACAAAAGCAUUUUCUACAGGACUUAAAAAGUAGCACAGUAUUGUAACAUUCAGGGAAAGUGUGAAGAAUUGAUUUCAAAGUAGUUCUUAUGUGAUCUAGAAUGACUGUUGCAUGGUAUUUGCUCCCCCAGUUUAGCAGAUAUAAUUAACAUGGUAGGAUACUCUAGAUGUUACCACCAAGGGUUGGGGGUGGGGUGGGGCACACAAGCUAGCCUGCUGACUCAGGAAGCUAUAGGAAGACGACUGCGUCUGUCCAUGUUUUUUGCUGGUUUGCUGACUUGUUGAGGAUUAAUUGUUGCCUUACAAUGUUACUGAAUAAACUUUUUAACAUA